GUUGGUUUCCAUGUUACCCGGGAAGAAGGGCGUGAUUUACUAUUUAAACCGCUCACCUCCCACACGGAUUACAGAAGUUCCCUAAACGCCUUGCCGUGCAAGACUCAGACGAGGACAUUCUCAGCCGACUGCCAACAUGAGCGACAACAACCCCGUCACCCAGGAGGUGCAGACCUUCGACAAGAAGUGUCUAAAAAAGACCAACACAGCGGAGAAGAACAGUCUCCCGACCAAGGAAGAUAUCGAGGCGGAGAAGAAGGCAGCAGCGGAGUCCAAAUGAACCAGUGACGCCUCCCCUGGACCAGUCUCCCUUUACCCAGCUCCUGCUUCCACUGGACCAGUCUCCCUUUACCCAGCUCCUGCUUACCCUGGACCAGUCUCCCUUUACCCAGCUCCCGUCUCUGCUUCCAGUUAACAGAUACCUGCUUGUGCAUCAUGUCCACUUCCUUGCUGUGUCUGCAUCCUUAAUCAUUUGAGGCAGUUUAAUUUGGGUAGGAACCACAUGACAACAUGAGGUGGGCUAGGUCCAAAGUCAGCCAUGUAUAAUGCAGCUAUUAUGGUAAAAUAAAAUAUACAGAAUCAUUUUUAUGUGAAUGAAUGUGUUUGUGUGUAUUCUUCAAAAGAAAGGAUGAAACAUAUCCAUUGUGGGAGUGGUCAAAUUGGCAAAUCCAGCCAAUUAAGCACAAACAAAGCACAUCCUUCUGUCCAACCAGUUUGACCGGUUCAGCGUGACCACUCCCUCUCAGCAAGUCCUCUGUAUUUGGUGCCAUUCUGGAUGAGUUGCUCUAAAUACCAUGUGAAAUGAUAUUUUUGUUUUAAUAAAAUAAUAAAGAAUGUUUUAAAUUGAA